AUGGCAGAAACCCAACCUUUGCUGAGAAAAAAAUCAAUGCUCAACGGUAAACUAGCUUUGACGACGUUAGUCACUUGUUUGGGCUCUAUUCAAUAUGGUUAUCACAUAGCAGAGCUCAAUGCCCCUCAACAAGUGCUUUCAUGUGCCAAAGAAAAGAUCCCGUGGUUUGAUGUCCCAUUUCGCCACACGUGGCUUGGUAGACAUGGGUUCAGUGAGUGCAUACCGCUGACAGAAGAAGAGAUCGGCCUUGCAACGUCAAUUUUUUCUAUUGGUGGUCUCUUGGGGUCGCUUUACGCCGGAAGACUCGCUGAUCAAUACGGGAGGAAAAGGUUCACUUAUGCGACUUGUGCGCUGGGAGCGCUGGGAUCCGCUGUAUUGUUUCAGGCCAAUUCCUUUUGGGAGCUGGUUGCUGGACGAUGCAUUGUGGGAAUUUCAUGCGGUAGCGCAAUUGUUGUAACGCCUCUUUUCAUCAACGAAAUAUCGCCUAACGCGCUGCGAGGCUCUCUGGGAUCAAUGAACCAGGUUUGUAUCAAUGUCGGAAUCUUGCUCACCCAAACGCUGGCGCUUUGGUGGGCUGACAGCUACCGGUGGAGAUGGCUUCUUUUUGCAGGUGUGGUGAUUGCGCUUGUAAACAUAGCGCUGUUGUCGAUGAUUGGCGAGAGUCCAAUUUGGCUGGCAUCACGCGGAGAUCUGGAGAGUGCCGACAGCAUUUUGUGUGAGUUACGUGGAGGCGAUAUGGUGCAAUCUCGACUCGAGAUUGACCAAUGGUUAACGGCCCGCGGCACAUCUCGCGAAGAUACUUUGCGCGUUAUCCACGCGUCAGGCAGCAGCUCGACUCGUCGUUCAUACCCCCCGGCCUCAAAUGCCUCUAGUCAGUCUCAACCUUCAGACGAAAGUUUAUCACUUUUUGAAUAUUUCAAAGACUCGCGGUUCACGGAGUCUCGUCGCGCCAUCACGAUGAUUUUGAUGGGCCAGCAAUUCUGUGGGAUCAAUUCGAUCGUAUUUUAUGGUGUUAAAGUAAUCAGUGGCUCGCUACCGGACCAGGCUAUUACGGUCAACUUCGCGAUCUCGUUAAUGAACGUCAUUGUAACUUUUGGAGCCUCGUUUUUUAUCGAUCGGUGGGGGCGCCGGCCUCUGUUGAUGCUUUCAACAGCGGCAAUGACCAUAUCGACGGUUUUGAUCUCUGUGGGUAUCAUUGAAUCGAACGCAGUGCUUUUGGUCGCAUUUACGUUGACGUACGUGGCGUUUUUCGCAAUGGGAUUGGGUCCCAUACCGUUUCUCGUCAUUUCAGAACUUUCGCCACAUGCUGUCGCAGGCGUGGCCCAAAGCUAUGGCGUUGCUUGCAACUGGAUUGCAACUUUCGCCGUCGGAUACAGCUUCCCGAUUUUACACUCUUUCAUGCAAGGAUACGUUUUUCUAGUGUUCGCAGUUGUCUCGGCGGCUUUCGCGACGUACGUCUACUAUUAUAUUCCAGAAACAAAGGGCAAAUCUUACAAAGACGUCUGGACUGGCCGCUACCGUUCGGCCUGA